GUCUAAAAAGGAAACUAAAAGUACACGAAAAGAAAAAAAAAGAAAUCUAAAUUAAAUUUUAUUAGCUAAAAAUCUGUUGCGAAUUUCAGCAGUUAAUCCAUACCAUAUACACGAUCACGAAGAGUAACGAACCCAACGCUAGGAUCACUCUCGAACAGUUUGAUAAAGUCAGAAACGGAUAAAAUGGUGUACAGAGCGUGAAGAAAAGAAAUAAGAAAAGAAAAAGGGCGAACGAUAUCUUGAGCAGCCGAGUGCCGAAUGAAUGAUGGAAGGGGAUCGAGGAUUCGACGUAGAGAGGUAUUCGGCUUCCAAUAGAAACUGGCAGCGUGGAAGUUAUCGGGUCCGCGGAGGAAAGCGAAGAAAACGGAGGCGGAAACCUUGGGGCGAGAGGAUCGUGGACUGGACCAGGGCUCUGAUCGCUUUCCUCUUCAGCAAUGUUGGGAUAGUGUGCUUGGUGGUCGGUUACACCAUAGCUGGUGCCUUCCUUUUCACCCAUAUCGAAGGUAGAAACAACCUGGACAUAGUUGGAGACGUGAUCAGGCUGAGAAACGUGACAGCUGCCACUCUCUGGGAACUUACCUCUAAGGAGAACGUGUUUUCCGAGAGAAUCUGGAAAGCGAAAGUGAAGGCGAUCCUCGAGAAUUAUCAGAAGAAAAUGGUAACGGCUAUAAAAAAUGGCUACGACGGCGCUGAAGAAAAUAAAAGAUGGAGCUUUGCCGGGGCGUUUCUCUAUUCCCUUACUGUGAUUACCACGAUCGGUUACGGGAACAUUUGUCCAAAGACGAAAUGGGGCAAAGUGGUGACCAUAGUAUACGCCAUAAUAGGCCUGCCACUUUUCUUGCUCUAUCUAAGCAACAUCGGUGACAUUCUCGCGAAAAGCUUCAAAUGGACCUAUGCUCGCUGCUGCCUGUGCAAGUGUCGUAGAAGACCAAUAGAAAUGGCAUCAAGAGGAAGUUUGAAAAAUGGUACCAACAUAAGGAGAAAUCAUUGGCAAAUGGUUGACAUGCAUGGAAAGGAGAUUGACUCGGUUAGUGUAGAUAAAGAAGUUUCGAUAGAGAAUGAUGAAUCGAAAGAUGACGACGAGAGUAGUUAUGAUCCACAACGCGUCACAGUCCCUCUGACGCUUUGCAUCGCUAUAAUGGUCGGGAAUAACCGUGUCAUUUCUUCGAGAAACGUUUCAGGUAUAUUUGGGGCGGAGCCAUUUUGUUCUCCGAAUGGGAAGACUGGAACAUGUUGGACGGUUCUUAUUUCUGCUUCGUCUCCUUGUCGACCAUAGGUUUCGGCGACAUCGUGCCAGGUGACAAAAUCUACGCGGCCCAGGGUCUCGAUUUAUCCUUCAUCUUCUGCUCCAUGUAUCUAAUGCUUGGUAUGGCGUUGAUCGCGAUGUGCUUCAACCUGAUGCAAGAGGAAGUGAUCGCAAAGGUG